UCAGAGCGCUGAAAAAUGUCAGGUUUUCUUGAGAGCUUGAGGUGCUCGGAGUGUGUUGACUGGGGAGAGAAACGAAACACGAUCGCUUCUGUUGCUGCCGGAGUGCUGUUUUUUACAGGUUGGUGGAUAAUCAUAGAUGCAGCUGUAAAAUACCCUAAAGUGGAAGAUUUCAACCAUUCAUACCAUGCUUGUGGGGUUAUAGCCACUAUUGCAUUCCUAAUGAUCAAUGCGGUGUCUAACGGACAAGUGCGGGGUGACAGUUACAGUGAAGGCUGUCUAGGACAAACAGGUGCUCGGAUCUGGCUGUUCAUCGGUUUUAUGAUGGCUUUUGGAUCUCUGAUUGCUUCUAUGUGGAUCCUUUUUGGAGGCUACGUUGUUAAAGAAAAACCAGUAGUAUACCCAGGAAUAGCUGUGUUUUUCCAGAAUGCGUUCAUCUUUUUUGGAGGACUGGUCUUCAAAUUUGGUCGCACAGAAGAUUUGUGGCAAUGAACACGCCUGUGGAAGUGCAUUGGCCAUGCUGUUUUUUUAACUGCACACUCCCGAAGUUUUGUAAAACCAUUUUGUAAGCGGUGACCUUCAAUUGUGUCUAAAGAUAAAACAAGGAAAACUUAAAUCAUAGCACUAAAAAUUCUGGUUCUAUUCUGUUUAA